AUGCGUGAACUGGAGAUCUUGCUGUCGAUGGGCGAGCUGUCUAACCUGUUUUUCGGCUUUGCAGGCUUGGUCGCCGCAUCAGCAGCAUGGUCCAUCUUUGGCAGUGACAUCUUCCCUCAGCAGCCUGAUCCCACUGGUGAACCCGAGAACUGGACUGAAGAGGAAAUGAGAAGAUGGUUGAACCGCAGAAAUCUCAUGGCCAGCAGCUCAUCAUCCAAGGAGGAUCUAUUGGCUAGAGUCAAGGCCAACAUGCGUACACCUCAGUAG